CGGAUCAUACAUCUCCGGACAGCAGCCGGGCCAGGUUUUUGUGUUGCAGCCAACAAUGCCGGGCAAUCCAUCGGCGGUGAUGCAGAACCAACGUUUUGUUCAAAUGCAGUACCAGAUGGGUGCAUAUCCAUUGCCAACACAAGCACAGAGCCACGUGUACCCGCAGCCGGUGUGGCAGCCGCAGGGCCCGUCGAUGCACUACGGCGUGUCUCAGCAGCACGCGCAGCGCCAGGUGCCGCUGCCGCUGCCGCAGCCAGCGGCGCCGGCCGCGCCGGCCGCGCCUCCGUCGCGCGGCAGCCGGCGGAUAGCCAUCAUCAACCCGGACACGGGCAAGGAGGUGUCCACGUCGCGGGAGGAGCCGGCCCCGGCCGGCGGCGCCGACAAGGAGGCCUCCGCCACGCAAGGGGGCACCACAGGUGUGGCGGCUGAGUUCGCGAAGAUGGUGGCGCAGGCGGCGACGUCUGGCGCGCCGCGCUCGCGGACCACAUCCGAGACGGUGGUGACGCCAGCCGAGGGCGCGCCGCCGCCCACCUCCGCCGACCAGCUGAACGGCGCCGUCACAUCGCCGCCGGGCGCCGGGCCGCCGCCGCCGCCGCCGCCGCCCGAGCAGCAGCACGAGGAUGAAGGUCGCCAAAGCUCACAGAAGAAGACCAAGACAAAGCAGAAGAUGCGCGAGCUUAAUCGGCGCGCCGAGGGGAAGGAGGGUGGAGGAGACAUGGACGCCUUUGUAGACAGUAAGCCGGUGGUGGAGCGUCCCCCGGUGCCGCCGGCAGCUGCCGCCAAACCAACCACUGCGCCGUCUCCGCCGGCUGCCAAGCCAGCGCCGGCCGCGGCUGCGCCUCCUCCCGCCAAGACUGCCCCUCCUCCCGCCAAGACUGCCCCUGCGCCUGCGACUCCCGCCCCGAAGCAGACGCCGGCGCCGCCGUCACCCGCUCCGAAAGAAACUCCCGCUGCGAAGCCAGCUGCUGCCCCAGCGGUCCCCGCCCCGAAACAGGCCCCGGUGGUGUCGGCUCCCGUGAAGUCGGCUCCCGAGCCGGUGACUGCCCCGAAGCAGGCUGAAGCUGCUCCCCCGGCUCCCAAGCAGGCGCCUGAAGCCGCGGCUCCCGCUGCAAAAUCAGCGCCUGCUACGUCGGCCCCAGCCCCACCGAAGUCAGCACACGAGGCCCUGCCCUCUGCUUCAUCCAAGCAGACGCCGGCGGCUCCUGCCCGUACUCAGAAAGAGCCCCCCGGGACUGUGGCGCCUGUAACCAAACCGACUCCUGAAACUGCGGUUCCUGUUCCGAAGUCGGUAUCGCCGCCGGUUGCGCCGGCUCCCAAGCAGGCUUCUGCGGCUGAGGCUCCUGCGACAAAGCCGCCCGCUGCACCGCAAGCCACGGUGCCGGCUCCCACCACGAGGUGACCCCGGAGGUCGCGACUCCGACAGCAGCGACGACUGCCGCUCUCGCUGCAGCCCCCACAUCCACCCCCGCUCCCACCCCGGUCGCCGCUCCGGCCUCCGCUCCCGCCCCCGUCUGGAAGGCUCAGUCGGCCGAAGGGCCGGCGCCCGUGGGAGCGUCUCCGACAUCGGUCCCAGCGUCUACGCCGAUCCCGACUCCGCCGCCGGCCGCCGAGCCCACGGCGGCGGAGGUAGCGCCCAAGCGGACAGGCGCCGACGCCGACGAACCGG